AUGAAUCUAAACAUUUUUCGCAAAAAAGAAAAGACAAAAUACUCUGCUCUACAGUUAAUAACAGAGCCAAAUUGGAGCAGACGUGACUAUGCAAGUUUUGCCGAUGAGGGAUACAUUAAAAAUGUUAUUGCUUUUCGUGCUAUCAAUAUAAUAGCAAGUGCUGCGUCUUCGGUUCCUUUUAUUCUUCAUCAGGAGGGGAAAUCACAACUAAAAACUCAUCCAUUACUGAAGUUGCUUUAUUCUCCAAAUCCGAUCACAUCUAAAUCUGAAUUUAUUGAAGGUAUUGUAACUUAUAGGCUUAUUAGCGGCAAUUCCUAUGUAUUAAUGAUUGAAUCCAGUAAUAACAAAAAACCGCCAACAGAGCUUUAUCUUCUACGUCCAGAUAGAGUUCAGAUUGUUCCAGGAAAAGAUAAUGUUCCUUAUAUUUAUCGCUACAUUGUGAAUAACAAUAAUUAUGACUUUAAAGUAAAUAAGUUAACAGGACGCUCAGCAGUGCUGCACUUAAAGGCUUUUAACCCUCUUAAUGAUUGGUAUGGACUUUCACCAAUAGAAGCAGCAGCGUAUAGUAUAGACCAGCACAAUCAAGCCGGAGCGUGGAAUCAAGCAAUGCUGCAAAACGGAGCGCGUCCAAGCGGAGCAAUAGUUGUUAAAUCAGCAAAAGACGGAAGUGGUGGAAACUUGAGUCACGAUCAGUAUCAACGUUUGAAAAUGCAGAUAGAUCAAUAUUACUCUGGUCCAGUAAAUGCUGGGAGACCGAUACUGCUCGAAGGCGGUUUAGAAUGGAAGGAAAUGAGCUUAUCGCCAAGAGACAUGGAUUUUAUUGAUUCUAAACAUAGCUCAGCACGUGAUAUUGCUUUAGCUUUCGGAGUACCUCCUCAAUUGCUUGGUAUACCAGGCGAUAAUACCUAUAGUAACUUGGUUGAAGCACGCUUGUCUCUAUGGGAGCAGACAGUUUUGCCUAUAUUGGAAAAUAUUAUUUGUCACCUUAACUCCUGGCUUGUACCAAAGUUUGGUCAAGAUUUACGUUUAUCAUAUGAUAAAGAUGCAAUAGAAAUUUUGAUGGAAAAGAGACAAAAACUCUGGAAAUAUGUAGAAAAUGCAAGCUUUAUGACGUUGAACGAAAAAAGAGAAGCAUUUGGCCUGCCACCAUUACCAAAUGGUGAACUAGAUCGAACUUUAUAA